AUAGAUUCCUUCGUAACUCACGGCAACAGGUCACUAAGAAGAUACAGAAUGGGCCGAAAAAACGACAGUUGCUAUGUGUUAUACAUGUGUUUUGUUUUGCUACUGUAGCUUGUUUGUUUUUUAAUCAGUUUUAGUGUGUUUUUGUAUUUGUUUUUGUUUCGUUCUGCUACUGGAAUGACUGCGCUGGUGUACGCUGAGGGAGCUGGCUAGGAAUUCAUUUAUAAAAAGGACGUGUAUGUAAUAUAGCACAAGAGUUGUUAUUAGCUUAAUCCUUACACAAUAUGUUUAGUUAAAAAAGAUUAUACCAUACACACAUUUAAAUCAAAUUAAAGACAAAAAAGUAAUAGAUAACUUAAUACCAUAUGCGAUUACUAUGAACGCACAUUUAUUAUUGCAUUCAGUUUGAUAAUGCAAUCAUAAAUUACCACGUCAUACAUUUGUUAUUUAUAUUAGUUUAGAAUUAUGUGUUUUUACCUAAAUCUUAAAGUUAAUUUAAAUAUCGCGGGCAAAGCUGACGCGCAUACCAUUCUGCACCACAGCUGAAAGGAGCAUGCUAAUGACAUCAGCCAGAUUGCAUGCUACAGCAGGGUUGGUUGCCUAGGUAACAGACUCUGUAAAUUGAGCUGCUGCUGUGUUGAUGAUACAGAAUUCCUGCUCCUGGGUAAACCUAAACGUACCAACAUGAGAGGGAACGAAAAGGAACGUCGAAAUAAGUAAGGAUCAUGCCUUUAACAUCAUUAGCCCUGUCUGAUUUGCCUGUUUAUUUUUGGAGUGGAAAAGACGCCUGAUCUGAUGCACAGUUCACAAAUCCGUGAAACUGACAUAUGGGCAGUUCUGGACAAUGAUGCUUGACGUUUACAACAGUUUACAACGGCAAUAAUUCACAAUGAAAAAGCUAUUUAGCUUUGGGAAGAAAAAUAAAGGAUUUUCUCCCAAUACUUCUGAUACUGGCAGUGUGGUGUCUGCUGGAUAUGAGCUUAAGGAAAAAGAUCUAGGAAAGCUACACAAAGCUGCUUCUACAGGGGAUCUUUCCAAGCUGAAACAGCUUGGAAAGAAGCAUGACCUUAGCCAGCUGGACAAAGAAAACAGAACGCCUUUACAUCUUGCCUGUGCUUAUGGGCAUGCUGAUGUUGUACAUUUUCUGACGGAAAGCAAGGCCAAACUAAACCUCUGUGAUAACGACAACCGUUCCCCAUUAAUGAAGGCAGUACAGUGCCAACAGGAACGCUGUGCUAUUACCCUUCUGGAACAUUCUGCUGAUCCAAACCUUGUUGAUAUCAAUGGAAAUACUGCCCUUCAUCUCGCUGCCCUCAUCCCUGCCAUCUCUAUGGCCGUUCAGUUGCUGGAUCAUGAUGCAUGUGUAAAUGCUACAAACAAGGAAGGCUGUACCCCCCUGAUUUUGGCUGCUACAGAAAAUCAUCAGGAGAUGGUUGAGUUUUUAUUGAAAGAAGGAGCUGAUGUAGAUGCAAAAGACAAAUCAAAACGGACAUCAUUGAUGAUUGCUGCUAAUAAUGGGCAAAUUAGUUUGGUUCGGUUGCUCUUACGGUACGAUGCAGAUAUUUCCAUAAAGGAUGAUAAAGGUUGGAUAGCUGAUGACUAUGCAGUGAUGAAUGGACACCACGCUUGUUCACAUCUAAUAAUUGAGCAUGGAGCAAAGAAAAGACCACCCCAAUCCCCUCAUUUCUAUGGUACUAGUAAAGUGAAGGGUUCGUCUGUGUUCAGCAGUCCAAUCUGUGGUACUGAGUCAGGUUUUGCUGUGGGUGGACCAGCUACAGAUAAAGAAGAAUUUCAACAGUCUGCAAAGCAACAGUCAGGAGCAGGUGAUUCAGGGAAAGUUGGAGACAGUCUUUCACAAGAAGAAUCCGUUAGUAGGGUAUCAGAGAAGGAUGGGACAGGAGACUCUUGGCCUUCAUCAGAUGAAGGUGAAGAAUUGGAUUUUAGCCCAAAGAAACUACAAAAGCCAAGCUUGACAAAACUAAUGAAUGCCUCCCAGAAGAGCAAGAAUAAUGUUAAUGAGAAUCGUAAUGCCAGACCCCAACCUGUAGAGCAUUCAGAACCUUCUAUAUCAGGAAGUGAAGGAGAUACAGAGAAAGAGAGUGAGAAUGAAGAUGAGAGAGACCAUUCCCCUCCUAAGGCUUUUCCCACCUCCCUUCACCCAGCAAAACCUUCACCUGCCUCCUUUUCCAAACUUCCUCGGAUGACUUCCACCCCUCUCCAAAACGCCAAACAGGAGGAGUAUUCAGAAGCGGAGGAAGAAGAUGAAGAGGAGGAAUGUGAAGAUCUUCAUAUUUCUGGGAAAAUUCGAAAAGAAUCUGGCACAGUCGGCAGUGCUGUUCCACAGAAUGAUUUCGAUGAAAAGGGAAUUCCUGCAAAAAAUAUAAAAAGAGAAUCAGCCGAGGAGGAUGAAGACUCUCCCUGGGACUCCGAGUCUGCUUCUGGUAGUCCAAGGAAACAACAGAGUGGUACCUUAAACCCUGCAGUUAAGACAGAAACAGUGAUGCACAGUAUUUCCGAAGAGAAGAAUGAAGACAUAUUUUACAUUCCUUCUUUCUUAAGAGGAUCAAGAGACUAUAGGAUGGCUGUGCUAGAGGACUCAAGGAGUCUAGGCAGGCCAGUGAGCCGAUUGAGAUUGGAUUUAGGAAGAAAUUAUACUGAAAAGCAGAAAGAUGUAUUGAAGACCCCUUUGAAAAUCAAAGAGACUAUUUUUUCCAGUCUAGCUUUAUCCAAAGAGACAAGAGAAAAGCAGAAGACUGACUUCAUGGAGGAACUUGGUUUGGAUGAUGCAGAUGAUAUUGAAGAACAUGAGAAAUUGUCUAAAGAUGCUUCAGAUUGGGACUCUGCUAGCAUUGCAAGUAGAAAUCUGCCUGGCUGUAAAAUCACGUCGCCAGUUCAUGAGGAAAUAAGUGCAAAACUGUCAGAGCCAGAGUUAUCCACACCACAAAGGAAGACCCAAAAUGUAGUACAGUGUGCCAAAGCAGAUCAGGAAACCACUGCUGAAAAGAGCCUGUCUCCCUCAAACUCUCCUCCACCGCCAAGAUCCUUUCGUUCUGUGACACAGCCACCACCACAAGCACAACCGCUACCAUGUUCUAAGUUAUUAGCUGUAAAAACAGAUAGCGAAGAAGAUUCAUAUUGGGAUUCAGAAGAUGGUGGUGUUCCAUCUGGUAAAGAAAAGUCUGGGAGACUUCCGAAACUUCCAGUACAAAACUGUGCUACCAGUAUGCCAGAACCUAGUGAUGAAGUGUUGUCCUCAGAAGAAGACGACCAUGAAAACAGUGCUCACCUAAAAAAAGAAGUUAAACAGUCUUUCUCUAUGUGUCUACCAAUGCUGCUGAAGGACAAAGAACAGUUAGAAACCCCUUUGGCAGUGCUAAUUAACACAACUCCUGACGGGGCAGACCAAGCAGAUAACCUACUCAAACAGCAGAACCAAGAAGGAAGUGAAAAUCAAACCACAGAUACAGUGUAUCUGUCUGCAGCCAGCUCUGCUGUGCCAUGGGAGGAGAGAUAUGAAAAAAUCUGGGUAGAAAACGAAAAAAGAGAAGUAAAAUCCCAUUACAAGGAUGUAGCAGCUGAGUUGAAGAAGUUGUUUGGAGAGAUCUGUUUGGAACAAUCCAGCAAGCCAAGUUCCAUAUCGACACAUUUAAGAGUAGAUCUUAAUAAUGAAGAUGAUUCUAGUAAUGGUGAGAUUGUACACCAGAUGGCAAAGACCCAAAGUGGAAUAUUGCAACCGAUUCUAGAACAGGAGUCCAGUUUAGAAGAAUCUAUUACAGAACCCUCUAAGCCAGAACUGAAAGGUAGUAAAAUACCAGAUAAAGCAGUAAACUCAAACAAACAAGCUGAAUAUCUCUCUAAAGAAGAUGAGAAUGAAAUACAACCAUUAGUACAAAAAAGAGAAAACAAUAUUGCUGGCUAUGACACAGACCUGGACUCUGGUUCUGAGCAAUGCAGCCUUGAUGGAAGUGGUUCUGUUGAAAACAAUACAAACCCUGGCCAUAGUAAAAACUCCAAGGAAAGAGACGAUGACAAAUACCGAGAUUUUGUGAAUACUGGUCAGAAGAAAACUCCAUUACCUGAAGGUGAUUUUGAACUGACCCCCACCUCUCAAUCCGUUUGUGCACCAGCUUCUAAAUACCCAUCAGAUGAUGAGCUUCAGGAAGAUAUGCAGAGGUUUAAUAAUGAGGUUGAAGGAGAAAAGAAAAAGAAACUCCUGGGAAUGCAAAAAUCAAAUGCAAUUAAGAGUUUAGAGGGACCAAGAAAUGUAAACGGAGAAACUGGGGACGAAACAGAGAAGAUUAUACAGCACAAAGCCAUGCAAAGACUACAGCCUAAAAGAAUGCAAGGUUCUGAAAUACUAGACACUUGUAAUCAAAAGGACCAAAAGCAGCUCUACAACCCAAGGAGUAAUAUUAAACAAAGAGCAAAUGGAACACAAGCUAAAAGAGAUGACCUUUUCUCGGAUGAGGAUAAUAAACGGAUUUCAGAACUGAACACAGCUGGCAGGCAGCCACAGCAAGCUACCUUUGUUAAUGGAGAUCAGCUUUCUGUAUUUGAUGAUAGUACUUUAAGUGAGAUGUCAGAAGAUGGAGGAAGGCCAACAAUACCCCACAAUUGGAAAAGCAAGAGCAAUAAACAAGUGGAAGUUGCAGAUGACUUUGAUGACUUCACCCAGUCCUCUGACACUGCUACAGACAGCAUGGAAUCACCUACCUUAGGAUACAGAAAUGCGUCUUUGUUGAUUAAGCAACUUGAAACUGGUACAAUAGAUUCUGUAACUUUGGUCAAAAUUCAGAACAUGUUCCAUGAAUAUGAGCGCACCAUUGAGAGAGAGAAAGGGCGCUAUAGUCUGCUGUCAGAUAACAUCGCUCAGCAAGUAAAAGAGAGGAAAGAACUACAGAAGGCACUGGAGGAUAUCCAGGAAGUGAAGUCCACCCUGGAACACCAGCAGGUGGAAUGGGAGACUGAUCUUAACACCCAAAAGUUUAUUCUGAAACAGGAGCAGGAGAAGCAUAAGAAUGCUGAAAUGCUGUAUGAGAAGAGCAGAGAGCAACUGCGAAAGAAAGAGGAGCAGUUCCGCAAGGAGGUGGAGGCAAAACAGCAGCUGGAGCUAGCCUUGAGGAACCUGGAGAUGGAGAUGAGAGCCUUGAUUAGUAACAUGAAGCAGCUUGAAGAUGAGCGGAACGAAGUGCAACGCUUGUUGUCUCAGGAACGCAGUGCCAGGGCUCUGCAGGAAGGAAUACUAAACAACCACCUUCAUAGACAAAAGGAAAUUGAAGAGGAAAACAAAAAGACUGUCACAAAAAGCACAGAGGUGUUUUCCCAGCUCUCUGAAGUGAGUGACAGAGAAAAGGAUCUGCUUCAGCAGAACCGCAGUCUUCAAGAUGAGAUAUCUGUGUUGAAGCUGGAGCUGGAUCGGGUUCGAGCCCGUAGCCAGGAAGAGGAGGGGCGGUACCUUGAGGAGAAUGAGGCUCUGAAAGAAAAAAUUGAAGAUUUGAAACAAGAUCUAAAACUAAACGAAGAAGCCCUGGCACAGACUGUCUUGCAGUACAGUGGACAGCUGAAUGCUCUGAAGACAGAAAGCACCAUAAUGACAUCCAAACUGGAGCAGGAGAAGCAAAAUAAAGACAAGCUAGAGGCAGAUGUGGAGUCUUUGCAUACACAACUGACCUCAGCACUCCAGGAGCUUGAACGCAGUCAGUCUGGCAAAGUGGAUGCUGAGCGAACCUUCCAGCGAGAGCGAGAUGAGUGGCUGCGCCUGCAAGAAAAGCGCACUCAUGAGACCACAAGCCUGCGGGAUUCCCUUAACAGCUUGUCACAACAGCUCAGCAAAGCGGAAGCGAAGGCUAACUCUCUGGAGAAUGAGUGUCACCGUGCCACUCUGUCCAACACAGAGAAAUCGCUCCUAUUAGAAAGCAUGCAGCGCGAGCGAGAGCAAGCCCAGUCCCGCCUGAAAGAGCUGGAGAGCUUACUGCAGGCUGAGAAAGAACAGACAAGCAAGUCCUCAGUUCGACAGGAAUCCAUGCAAGAAAGGAUGGCCCAGGCGCAGAGUGAAAACAUACUACUGCGUCAGCAACUAGAAGAGGCGCAGAACAAGGGAAUCAUCAAGGAGAGGACAGUGAGCGACGUACAGGAACGCUUCAAUGACAUCUUAACAAACCUGCGGGCAGACAGUGAAGGGAGGGUUCAGAUUGUGGAAGACAGGAACAAGGAACUUAUGGCCAAAAACGUUGAACUCAGGGAGCAGGUCUAUGAGCACCAGAAUGAAAAAACAGAGAGAGAGGCUGCUUUAAGGCAACUACAGCAGGAACUUGCUGAUGCUCUGAAGAAAUUGUCCAUGUCUGAGGCAUCACUGGAGGUCAACACUCGCUAUCGCAAUGAUCUUGAGGCAGAAAAAAUUCGCUUUCAGAAAGAUGUCGACAGGCUAAAAGGAAAGCUACAGGAAAUGGAAGACCAGUUCAUUCAGUCAGAGCGUCGGAUUCACGAAUUAAAGAAUGCCCUGGAUGACAAAGAGCGACAGGUUAUUGCCUCCUCACAGAAGCUGCAGGAGAUUCUGUCUGCAUCCUCUGGAACAGAGAAGAGAGUCAAGCAGUUGGAUGAACAUAUUCAAAGACUUGAAAUUGAAAAUGCCAGAUUGGAGGCUACAGCCAAACAGCAGACAAAUAGAAUAGAGGUUCUGCAAAAAGAAGUGCAAGAGUCUGCUUCGGUGCGGAAUCGUUUAGAGGAUUUGGUUACAAAUUUACAAGGAGCCAAGAUCAGUUUAGAAGAGCAGCUUAAUCAAGAGGCUCAAAAACAAAGUAUGCUGUCGCAUAAUGCACAAGACUCGCAUCUCCUCUGGGAAGAAGAACUGAAGUCAAGAGCCAAACUAGGGCAUAGACUGGCUCAGCUAGAAAGAGAAAAAGUUGAAGUGACAAGCCAGAUGGAAACAGAAAAGAAAAAGACUAAAAAGAUAGCAGAGCUAAAGCGAUCUACAGAGGCAAGGCUUGACCAGGAGAUGAAGAGAAACAGUGAACUUCAAAAGGAAAUGAACAGGAUGAGAACACUUGUUAAAACCGCCAAGAAAAAGCAGAAGCAGCAAGACACUGGAGAGUUUGCAUCCCAGCUCGGCAGCAUUCGGGGGGAACUGGAUAACAGACACCUGGAGACUAAUGCUAGAUUAAAGUCUAAGAUUGAUGAACUCUCCCAGCAAUUAGAAAAAGAAUCCUUACAAUCGACAAGGCUAGAAUCCACCAACAGUGAUUUGAGGGAACAACUGUCUUCAAUGAAAGCACUGCGCAAAAGCCAUGAGAAGCUGGAGAGGAGCAAGAGGCAACUUGAAGAGGAGCUGUCAAGUGUUCAUCGCCAAAUGGAAACAAUGAUAGAGCAAUGCAGACGAGAGGCCGAGGAAAGGGCUAGACAGGAAAUAAGGCAAAAACUUGAAGAAGUCAAUCUGUUUUUGCAGACACAGGCAGCCUCUCAAGAAGCCUUAGAACAAAUAAAAGCCACCAAUGAAGCAACUUUAAGAAACCAGCUGGAACAAAGAAUACGAGACCUUGAGGGAGAGCUGAGUAGAGCACAGAGUACACAGCAGAACAGCUUGAGCCAGCGGGACUCAACGCAGACCGAGCUGGAGAGAUACAAGGAGCUUUAUUCACAAGAAUUAAUAUUACGCAAGUCCUUGGCAGCCAAACUAGACAGAUCGAAUGAGAGGCUGGCUGAAGCCAACACUAAGCUGCUGAAUGAGCGUCAGCGCAACAAGUCGUUCAUAGCUAGCAGCAUUGUAAACGGGAGCCUGACUGCAAGUCCUGUCCUUGACAUGAAUCGGCUUCAGGGCAGCAUCGGAAACUUUGGUGGCACUCUGGGCCCCCUUAAUAGAAAUCUAGGGCUUGGAGGAAGUUUCCUGAACCCAGUGGGAGAUGGCUCGUCUCUAAACAGCAUGGAUGCUUACAUAGCAAAGAUGCAAAAUGAAUUGGAGAAAAGCAUCACAAAGGAACUAGACCAUGCCACAGCUGAUCUGGACGGUGGAUCUACAAGAAUGUCUCCUGUUGGAUCAGCUGCAGGCUCUCUAAAAAGCCUAAACCUUGACCAGGAUCCUGUUGCCAGAGCGACUCAGCAAUACUUAGAAGUCUUAAAGAAAAACUACAUGAUAUAAAUAGAAGAUUAUGCAUGUUCCAUGUUUACAUUAAAUGUCAGUUCAAUGUGAAUAAUAUUUUAAAACAAAUAUUGAAUGUAAAAAAUAGAAAACAAAAUCAUUACAGGGAAAAAACGUUGUUUUUAAGUGUCUUCAUAUGUAGAGCCAUAUUUUCAUUAAAUCAGCAUUACUGAUAUAAACCUGUAAUUCAACUGUUCCAGGCUACUUUUUAUGUAAUAAACACCACAUCCUUCAAUUUUUUUUUAUAUGUAUACCCUAUUUUAUUUUUAUGCAAUGGAAUAUUUGUUUUGUAUUUUACGGUUUCUUCCAUUUUCCAAGCAGUAUUAGAUGCAUACUUGCCAAGGUAUUUGUAGACUCACUACAUUUUGUACAUUCCAUUAAAUGGUGCAACAAUCAUUUAUUUUUGUUUUUAUGUGGGUUUUAUUUGAAAACUUUUAUGACAUUUGGUGUAAUGAUGGUAUUCGGUCUGACUGCGAUUAGUUAUCAAUUUAUUAACAGGAAACUGCAGACAAGACUUUUCUUUUUCAUUGUUUAAAACAAUUUAACUAUUUUACAGAGAAGAAAGAUUGACAUAUUCAUUUCCUUUGGAUGUAUGUAAUAUAGGUCACUUCCAUGCACUGAAGAGUGGCUUUUGAUAAC